CUCGGGCCCCCAUCUCUCCCCCCCCCGCCCCCACCGACGCCGCCAAAAUGCCAGCCGCCGCAGCCCCCCUCACUGCCACGAUCGAGUUCACGCUCCCCGCCUCGCGGCUCGACCACGACCCGGCAAUCUACCUCACCUACGACGCGGACCGCAGCCGGCCGAGCGAGGCGCUGCGCGUCGAGGUCGUCAACCUGCGCGACGAGCUCGAGGACGCCAAGUCCCCGGCCACGAUCGACACGGUCGCCAAGCAGCUGCAUGACCGCGGCUUCGCGGUCGCCAAGCACGCGAGCAACCACCUCGGCGGCAUCCCGAGUGUAGAGGGCACGCAGGCGUACCUCGACGAGACGGCCGCCCUCCUCAAGUCCAUCCUCGGCUGCACGCGCGUCAUCGCGUGGAACUCGGUGUGCCGCAAGAACGCGCCCGGCCUCGCGCACAAGGACGUGCCGAGGCAGCAGGAGCCCGAGAAGGGCUUCGUGCCCAGCGAGCGCCAGCAGCCCGUGGCCAGCAUCGCACAUGUGGACCAGGACGAGGUCUGGGGCGCCGAGCUCGUCGGCAAGGCGGCCAAGGCGCCAGCGAGCUCGUUCGCGCGCGCGCAGAUUGUCAACCUCUGGCGCCCGCUCUCAGGCCCAGUAACCAACGCGCCGCUCGCCAUGCUGCCGUAUUCUGAGAUCCUGCCCGGCGAGAUCUCAAAGCACGGGAGCAUGUUCGGCGUCGGCAUGGACAUUCACCAUGGAAAGGGGCAGAACUGGGGGUAUAUCCGGCACCAGAUGCCCGACGAGGUUGUGUUCCUCAAGUGCUUCGACACGGCGCAGGGCGCCGACGGGAGCGCGCUCUAUUGCGGCCAUGUGGCUGUCAAGGUCGACAACGACGCCGACGGCAUCGCGCCAGAGCUUGUCGUGCCGCGUGAGAGCAUCGAGGUGCGCCUUGUUGCCCUGUGGGAGAAGGAGUAGGCUGCGGUUAGGGAAGGUUACGUCUUGAUAUGUAUGGGUACACUGGC